AGAGGGAGGGGAGACGCCACAGGCAGGCGGACCGGAGAAUAAAACAGGGACAGGCCAAGAGCAAAGGAAAAGUCAACUAACGGCGGAUUAAGAAGAAAUAACACAUCCGGCACCCUGGGAGGGAGACACAUGAGCGGAGAUGGAGGGAGAGAAGGAGGAACAGGGAGAGAUCACCCAGAGUGGGACGACUUCUACCCGGAGUCACACGGUGACGCAGAGCAACCAGCCCCAAGACCUCCAAGAACCAGGGGAGGAUGACCGGCCCGAGAUUGAAGCCUGUGACGGAGAGGUAGAGCCGAGCCAGGUGGAGGAGGAUCUAUGUCUCUGUGAUGCAGAGAGCUUACCACAGGAGACACCGAUAGGCACAAACACACAGGAUGUCACCCACGGCCUCCCUUUGUACCCCACGCCAACAGAGGAAGAGUUGACCCCCCCUUCAGUGUCAUCCCAUCCCUUGAACACACAGAGUCAGUCUCACACACACACAACCGAUAUAAUGUGUGUGUAUCCAGCACAGGCUCUUCACAAUAACAGGGUGCAGCUCUUUUCUCUUUGCGUUCUCACAGGUCGCCCGUCUGAACCCUGCUGGUAUUGCCGGAGGUCUCUUGACUCAGAGUAUCGUCCUGAAACUACUGAACAGGAAGACUCGGGUCCUUUGUCACCGGUGCCCUCUAGUGACCAGAAAGUGAGCUACCAGACAGACCCUCGACCUCACUUUGGCGUGGCUUGUUCCUCCCACUCUACUUGUCACCCUCUGUGGGGCAGCGAGGGACCCUGCUGGGGGCCAAGGAGUCAGGACGUGCUCGACCAGACAGACACCUGCCCUCACUGUCAUUUGGGGUUGCCCCCCGACACACUGCGUUGGCAUGAGGCAAAGUGUCUGCAGUUUGAAGGGGUGAGGAUCCCAAAGAAAUAAAAGGAGGCAAAAGCAAAAAUGUCGUUUGGGCAAAAUAACACUGUUCCUUCUUGGUAUUAAGACAAUAAUUCUCACAUAAUGGUUAUUUGCAAUUUCUGCUCUGAAAUAACUGUGUUUACAUCUAAAUUUAACUUAUUUUAUUUUAGUUUAUGUUUAAUUCAUGAUAUAUUUUUAAUGUGUUAUUACAAAUAAAACGCGUAAUAAGUUAAUGUGAAAUUAAGUACUCUUUCUCCCUACACGGACAGCCUAUUUUUUUCAGGAUAAUGAAGUACAUCACAUGCCGAUUAUUACCAAUAUAUACACAUUUAUGUCACUUCCACUGCAGCUCAGAAGACAAUAAGGAAACAGUAAAAAUUGGGAUUGGUUUUUGAUUCCGGAUUCUUUGACCUUUAGGGUCUGUGGCGUAUUCUCAGACGUGCUGCUGUCCCUGGUGCUAUAUCUCCUGUUUGGACACGUUUCGUAACCCCAGACUGCCCUGCAUUGUGCUCUGCUAGCUCGGCCUCAUCAACCAGAGCCAGGGCUAAAUCUUUCUGUCAGAUGAGCUGCUUACGGCCCUCCGGCACAAACAGCUUAACUCCUUCGGUAGCUGGCUGAGAUAUAAGGGCCUGGGAUACCUUUACAAAUCAUAGAUGACACAGACAAGGAACGUAUUCCACUAGGUGGAGGUGCUAUGAGAUUAGUGUUCAAAUACUGGGGGUGAACCCAAAUAGCAGAAAGUCACGUCAUGAAUAAAAUACCACUUUUCACAUAAAA